AUGUCUAUUUCAGAUAUGUUCUCCAAAGCCCCCUCUUCCACUCCCCCUGCUGCCAAGAAGGCCAAAACCAAUGCGCUCAGCGCCAACCCCACCCUCAAUUCUAUCGCAUUCUCUUUGGCGGAGUUUGAGAAGAGUCUCUCCGAUGAAGAGAGGAAACUUCUUGCUUUGGAGUGCGCCACAAUGGGCAAGAGCUGGUUGAAAUUGCUCCAUACAGAGAUCAGGAAGCCUUACUUCUUGAAACUCAAACGGUUCCUCUAUGAUCAGGGCGUCAAAGGCCCCGACGAUAGUGCACCAAAGCUGAAAGUAUACCCGGCGCCUGUAAACAUCUACUCUUGGUCGAAUCUCACACCACUUGGGCGCGUCAAGGUCGUCAUCAUCGGGCAAGACCCGUAUCAUGGCCCAGGACAAGCCCACGGGCUAUGCUUCUCGGUCCCGCCCGGCAUCCCCGUUCCACCUUCUUUGCGCAACAUCUACUCGGAGAUUCGUAACGAGUAUCCAUCUUUCGAACCUCCGAAGCACGGAAACCUGACAUCGUGGGCGGAGAACGGCGUUUUGCUACUCAACACAGCACUGACAGUUCGCGCCGGUGACGCUGGAUCGCAUUCGAAGCAGGGAUGGGAAGAAUUUACGGACAAGGUGGUCGAAGUCGUCGACAAAUUCGGUGGUGCGAACCUUGGAAGCAAAGGAGCCAUGGCAGGCCGAGGCCGAGGCAUUGUCUUCCUCGCGUGGGGCGCUUGGGCUGGUAAGCGUGUGGCAAAGCUAGACAAGAAAAAGCACCUUAUCCUAACCAGCGUCCAUCCGUCGCCGCUUAGCGCGAACCGUGGGUUCUUGGGGAAUGGUCAUUUCAAGAAAGCCAAUGACUGGCUGGAAGAGAAAUAUGGCCCGGAUGGAUGUGUCGACUGGACCAAGCUGUGA